CACACACACACCCCGCCUCACACCAUUGCUGGCCAGCAGCAGCGUCUGACGGCUGCAUCCUCCGCUGUAUAGCAACGCGGCUUCUCCAUCCUGCUCUGCGUCGUCUGCCUCUUGACAUCCAAACCCGCAGGAGUCUGUGGCGUCUCCAUUGUGAUUUCUCCCUCUCUCUCUUUUUUUUUGUUGAGAAAUAACAACACCGUGGACAUGAUGGGUAACAAAGAGCGACGAGGCGUGAAUUUCAAAGGCUUGCUGAAGAGGAACUGGCUCCUGAUUGCCACGAUUCUGGCAGUGCUGCUCGGGAUCAGUUUGGGUGUUGUGGUCAGAGAGUAUACAUCCCUCUCCCACCUUCACAAGCAGUAUUUCGGCUUCCCAGGAGAGAUCCUCAUGAGAAUGCUCAAGCUUGUCAUCCUCCCACUCAUCAUUUCAAGCAUGAUAACAGGUGUUGCAGCCCUGGACUCUGAGGUAUCAGGAAAAAUAGGUCUGCGAGCUGUUAUUUAUUACUUCUCAACAACCAUCAUUGCAGUUAUUCUUGGGAUUAUUUUGGUGAUGACUAUCAAACCGGGAGUCUCUCAGACAGCUGAACACAUUGACAGAGCCGGGACAACGCCCAACGUCACAACAGUUGACACUCUCUUGGACCUCCUCAGAAACAUGUUCCCCGAAAAUCUGGUGCAGGCUUGUUUUCAGCAGUACAAGACCAAGCGCAAAGAGCUGGAGCCUCCAAACGUUUCAGCCAACACCACCACAAUUCCACCUCUCGCCACUACUAUCAUGUCGGUGGUAGAGAACAUAACCAAGGAAUAUAAAAUCGUUGGGACGUAUUCGGAUGGAAUCAACGUAUUGGGGCUUAUCGUGUUCUGUGUUGCUUUUGGCCUUGUCAUUGGGAAGAUGGGCGAAAGAGGACGUAUCCUCCUGGAAUUUUUUGAUGCGCUGAACGAAGCAACCAUGAAACUGGUCCAGAUCAUUAUGUGCUACAUGCCAAUAGGGAUCCUGUUCCUAAUUGCAGCUAAGAUCAUCGAGGUUGAAGACUGGGAGAUCUUCAAGAAGAUGGGUCUUUAUAUGAUGACGGUGCUGAGUGGUCUAGCUAUCCACGCCACUAUCUGUCUGCCACUGAUCUUCUUUGUCAUUGUGAGGAAGAACCCGUAUACAUUCACAUUGGGAAUGGCUCAGGCCCUGGUGACAGCACUCAUGAUCUCCUCCAGCUCUGCCACCCUGCCCGUCACCUUCCGAUGUGCCGAGGAGAACAAUCACAUUGACAAGCGGAUCACCCGUUUCGUCCUCCCAGUGGGUGCCACCAUUAACAUGGAUGGGACAGCGCUAUAUGAAGCAGUGGCCGCCAUCUUCAUCGCCCAGCUUAAUGACUACGCUCUGGAUGUGGGCCAGAUUGUUACUAUCAGUAUAACAGCAACAGUUGCCAGUAUUGGAGCAGCAGGAGUCCCUAAUGCUGGGCUUGUCACCAUGGUGAUAGUCUUAACAGCUGUUGGAUUACCUGCAAGUGAUGUCACUCUGAUAGUCGCUGUGGAUUGGCUGCUGGACCGGUUCCGUACUAUGAUCAACGUUCUUGGCGAUGCUUACGGAGCCGGUAUCGUCCAGAAACUAUCCAAGCGGGAACUGGAGAGGAUGGAUCUGACAUCGGAUGCCGAUGUCGCCAACCCCUUCGCUCUGGAAGCCACUUUGGAUGACGAAGAGUGCGAGAACAAAUCCUAUGUAAAUGGAGGUUUUACCGUCGACAAGACAGAUGCGAUCUCCUUUACUGAAACCUCUCAGUUUUAGGCUGUGGCUGGCUCCGAGGAGCAGAGAAAGUGCCAUGCUGCUAUGGAUGUAAACGGAAAACCUUCCAUCAUGUAUCAGCACCAUGACGAGAGAGGAAAACUAUCCAACCAGAUCCAUCCAAGCUCAGACAUCAGCAAUAGCAGCCUCCCUUAAGCUUAUCCAAGAUGAUCACCCUUCAUGUCGGACAUUUACAACCACGACUAGAUUAAAGUGCUUCCUUCUUUCACUCAAAUUGUGCCAAGAUUUUUAAAAGAAAGUCAGUUUUCUUCUGAAUAAGAGUGAGUUCUUUCUUGCAAAGAUGCACUCAAAAGAAGAGCUGUUUGUAUGUGUGUUUUGGAUUUAUCUGGAGUGUAUGUUUGUUUUUUGCAAAAAAAGGAAAAUGUAUAAUUUAACACAAGUAAAAACAAUAAUCUGAAUUUGAAACUCCAUUCCCACUAUUUGCUCUUUGAUGAGACAAUAAUUCUCUAACAUGUCUGAAUGAUAUUUUUUGCGUGGCUGUUGUUGUAACUAUAUGUCCCAUAAUGCACUGCUUGUAUGUCUAUCUGUAUAUUUAAACUGUGCCAAACAUAUAAAGUGGUUUUUCACUGAGUUGCAUGAAGCAAUAUGUUAAAGAAAUGCUAAUCGCUUGCUGCAGACUGAUUUUUUUAUGGAGACUCCACAGAGACAGGAGAUGGUUAACCAAGACUUAUGAAGUCAUUGAACACUGUGAAACUUGAGUACAUUUCUUCAGAACCAAAUCUCUAACAGUCUUUGAUUCAUUGCAGAGUAUAAUGAUCAUUACAUUACAUUUGAUACCCCGAAUUAUUCCUACUCAAACAAGAUCAUUUUAAUUGUCACCUAAUGGAUUUAUGUGUCAAUAAUCAGAUAAUCAGAGUGUGUCUUAUUAACAUAACUUUGCUACUAUUCUUUCACUGUGGUGUUGGGUCAAAAUAUGUUCAAAUGCUCUUAAACCAAUGGCUAAGCUAAGACGCAGUAAAUGGAAUUUUGCAUGUUAUAGGUAUUUCUGCUUGAAUAAGACAUGAAAACAGUACCAUUAGUAAAGAACGGUUUGACAUUUUGGUAAAUAUGUUUCUUUGCUUUCUUGCCAAGAGUGAGAUGACAAGAUCAGUUACAGGAAGUAUUCUUUUGACACAAGUACAAGUGCAGCACCCUAACAUAAAACUAUGACAGUGUUUUCUUCGACUGAUCAAAUGCUGACCAGGAUUGGUAAAGCCAGAGCAUCAGUGCCAUUUAUAACACCUCAGCCAACCUUUGACAUCAUCUAGUUUGUAGCCAUGCUAUAAAGCUGCAAACUGGUACCGCACCUUGAAACAUACCAGGCUGCGUGGAAAGGAUGUGAUGCAUCAAAAACACUGAAUGAUAAUUAUAUAAAUAUACAGGCACUUUGUGCAGUAAUUAACUCGACAUAGUUUGUCCUAUCUGCAUCUUUUCUUAUCUUUGCCUGUCAUGUCCAAUUUUGAACGACUGAAAGACAGUACAUGAGGUAAUCUGCCCGCCAUGACCAACUUAGCUAUGUGCUAUAUUUGUGUAACUUUUGCAACUAGUUAGCAUGAGCACAAAGCAAAAACGUUUGAGAGUUUGAGAGAGCUUGAGAUGUUCUACUGAAGAGGUAGUGAGGACAAAAGACCUAACGUGUCAACAACAAAGAUGUCAAUAUGAGAAUGGUCCAGUUGCAGAAAAGGUUGGAAACCGCUGGCAGAACGAAAAACGUUGUGAGGAACUGCUGUAAUAGCCAACUAGCAAAAAACAUGGAAUGUGAUUGGCUAGCUGCACUGCUAGAACACUUUGGCCUCUGGGAAAUUGUGAUGGGCAUGUUUUAUUAUUUACUAAUAUGACAUAGACUUAAUUAAUUGACAUGUUAAUGAUAUUAAUAAUCAUUAGUUGCAGCCUAAAUGUAGCUAUAGAGGUGAAGCAGUAUAGCAGUGUCUAAAACAGGGGAGCAACACUAGCCAGGUUUCCAUCUGAAUGAAUCGCAAAUUUUUAUCGAAUUUCGAGGAAGAAUGACUUGUUUUCAUCCACUACCGUUAUGCGAUUAUUAGAAGUUGGUUAAUCUCGAUUAACACCACGUGAUGCUAAUUCUCCAGUUUGACAACCAACUUCGAACCUCAAACUGUGAAAAACAAUUUAGAAAACUCAAUGGAAAUAUGACAUUUCUGUUUGUUUUAUGUGUUAAUGUGAGGAAGGUUACAUCGGGUCUGUUUUCAUUGCACUUUGUCGCAUUUUGCUUUUAUCGAUACACCAACUUUUUUUUGCAAUAUUUCAAGAUUUUGUAGAUAUUUUCAGCAGUUUCACACAGGUUUUUUUGUGAAGAAACCCAUGUGCAUAAAAUGGGUGGAUGGAAACUUACUUAAUGUGCUUAGUUAAUUUUAUGUCAUUCUAGUAAUUCCAUUUUGAUUGUUCUUGUAGGCAGUUGGACAUGAUGGCAACAAUGUCAAUUACUUAACCAGUAGUUUUUAAAAUACUAUACUAUGUGUUGGAUGGACAGACUGACCAAUGGGCCUCGCCUUCCUUAGGAUGUCAAUGACAGUUAAUCCUUUGACGUAAAUGCCACAAAUGAUACAAAUGUCUGUAUUUUUAUGUUAUUGCUCCUUGGCUGCAUUGUUAUUUGUGAUGCUCACUGCGUGUGAUGCUUGUGGUCUAACUUUUUUUUUUAUCAAAUGUAUAUCUACGUCUGUAACUAAGCUAUUUAUUUGACUCCAUGCAGCAGCUGAAUACUAUGAUGCCUACACAUGCACAUACUGUAAGGUACUUAAGCUUGGAAUAAGUAAUGUAGAGUUGUUUGGUGGAGUCGACUUGAAAAACACAACCUGGGACCAACAGUGGUUUUGCUGAGGGUUUUCUGUUGUACUAUUUAUGUUAUGUUCCCAGUGAUGGUCCCAUAAUCAAUGUUUCCAGCAUGAUAAUCAAUACCAUUGUCACUAGGUUGAAGUAGCACUAAUUAUUUUCUUUGGUUUACUUUCCACCAUACCAAGAGUCUGAGCCAAAUACCUUUCACAUGUCCUGGCAGGAAAUACAGUAAUCCAUAGAAACACUCAACUCAAUGACACUUAUGUUAUCCAUCCCAUGCUAAUGGAGGUAUUUUCUAGGACAACAGACUCAGCCCAUCUACAUUCUACACGCAACAAUUAAGCGUCUUGGUAGUUCGUUGCUCAGAUUGUGGUAGAAAUGAAACUAUCAGAGUAGUUUACAGAACAAUAUCACACUGUAUGACGUGUUCCAUUUGAAGUUAGAAGUUGAAAUUUAGUUAGACAUGCUAAUGUUAGUGUUCUAGCUUGGGGGAAAAUAUCACCUUUGAAACAUCUGUGAGAUUUUCUUUACUUUUUGUAAAGUACUGCACACAAACCUGCAGCUAAUGUGUCAAUACUUUACCACAUAAGUAGCUAGGCUGGCGUAGAAAAUGAGCAACUGUAUACACUACUCUGUGUCAGUGGUCCAGUUUGGAAAAAUCACAGAAGAAAGACUUUCUUUGCCAGGUAUUAAAUACUGUUCCCAAAGCAACAGUCAUGUGUCAAUACUUUGCAAUGUGAGCAGCUACCUAGCUUAGAAAGAAUAGCAACUGCAAGUGCUACUCUAUAUCUUUCAGCUUUGUCUUUAAACCAGGUAUCAUGCAGUUGUUUUGAUAGAGGUCACGGAGUGUUGAAAAAGCAAACUUUGUCUAUUUUCAGAAUAAUAAAAAUGUCCAAUGAAGUAGCCUAAUGGUGUUUACCGAGUGCUGUCAGGUUUACUGUGAUUUCACAUGACUACUGUCCUUGGGGAUAACAUAUCUCGUGACUUGUUCAUUUUAUGGGCUUAAUUUUUAGGAGACUUUUCCCCCAAGACGUCCAAAUUCCAAAUACAUUGUGUCUGGAUUAAAGUGAGUCUCAGUAUCUCUGUUUUAGUCGUCCAUACACUGCCAAAAGGGCCAUAUUUGAAAUAAAACAUGGGUCAAUGAAGGUGCUUGUUUGUAAUUUCAUACUGAUCAGAAAUGAUAAGCCCUCGCAACCAGGUUGUAUUCUACAUUUCAAAAGCACAUUGGCAUCAACCACCCCCCUUCACUCCAACUACUUGAGUACCUGCAGUAUGUGAAUCAACAUGUACUACGUUAUGUGUAACUGUAAGCAAAUAAAAGAAAGCUGCUAAAUA